GAGAGAGGAAAAGAAUGGUGUGUAUAUGUGUUAGUGUAUGAGCAUGACACCAAAUCAAAGAAGAACCACAGUAUAGAUAGUACCAUCGCCUGCUGAAGAAAGAUUUUCAUUUCAAAACAGCAGAACUAGUAGAGGAGAAGCACCAAAGGGGCAUGGGGGUUGAUUCUCUUCAACUUUUCCUUACAUAAUUAGCUUUCUUUUCAUAUAUACAUAUAUUUUCUCCUUUAGGUUUCUCCUUAAUCAAUACCCAAGAGUUGGGAAUCGAGAUAAGACUCCUGAGGAGGACUGAAAUUUGCAUGCGGGGUUGAGGUUGAGGUUGUCUCUUAAAUUCAGAUUGCUUUUCGAGAAGAAAGGGAAGUUUUCUUUGAAGAUGGCCGCUUCUUCUUCGUCGACGCCGUUCUUUGGAAUUAGAGAAGAGGAUCAGAACCAGAUGAAGCAACAGCAUUCCUCAACACCGACGUCAUCUACAGCUCCAGCUGCACCACCCCAGAAGAAAAAGAGAAACCAACCAGGAACACCAUAUCCAGAUGCGGAGGUAAUCGCACUAUCUCCCAAGACCCUAAUGGCAACAAACAGGUUCAUAUGUGAGGUAUGCAACAAAGGGUUCCAAAGGGAGCAGAACCUACAGCUGCACAGAAGAGGACACAACUUGCCUUGGAAGCUAAAGCAGAAGACUACAAAAGAACCAAAACGGAAGGUGUAUCUGUGCCCGGAGCCCACAUGCGUCCACCAUGACUCUUCGAGGGCUCUCGGCGACCUCACUGGCAUCAAAAAGCACUACUCGAGAAAGCACGGCGAGAAGAAGUGGAAGUGCGACAAGUGCUCGAAGAGGUAUGCCGUGCAGUCUGAUUGGAAGGCUCAUUCCAAGACCUGUGGCACUAGAGAAUAUAGAUGCGACUGUGGCACUCUCUUCUCUAGGCGGGACAGUUUCAUCACUCAUAGGGCCUUUUGUGACGCACUGGCUCAAGAAAGUGCAAGACACCCUCCCAACAUGAGCACUAGUAACUUAUAUGGAAGCAGCAACAUGGGCUUAGGCUUAUCUCAAGUGGGUCCUCAGAUGCAAGAGCAGAACAACAGCCAAUCAAGUGAUAUAUUACGACUUGUCGGUGCCAGGCCUGGUCAAUUCGAUCAUCUCCUUCCCCCGGGGAUUGCUGCUUCAUCCUUCCGACCACCACAGGCGCCCAUGGCUUCUUCUGCUUUCUUCAUGCACCAGCACGAAUCCAACCAAAACUAUCGUCAACAACAAGGGUUAAUGCAAUUCUCUAAUCUUCAAAACAGCCCAACCAACCCUCCAACUUCAAGCAAUCUCUUCAACCUCAGCUACCUUUCCAACACCAGCAGUAAUGCCAACAAUAACAACAACAGUCUUCCAUCUUCGGGUUUGCUAAUACCUGAUCAUUUCAACAACAAUGCAAAUGCUACUGCUGGAGGCGGGGAAGGGUCCAAUAUCUUCUCGGCUAACAUAAAUAUGGCUGACCAAAUCAGCUCAGGCGUCCCUUCUCUCUAUAGCGCAUCGCUUCAAACCAACAAUGCCAUCCCGCAUAUGUCUGCAACUGCACUGCUUCAAAAGGCUGCACAAAUGGGUUCAACUACAAGCAACAACAGUACUGCCUCAUUGCUAUCAACUUUCGGAAGCUCUUCCUCGUCAAGUGGCACCAAAUCGCUCGUUCCAGCUGGUAGCUUAAGCAGCAUGUUCGGCGAACAUGAGAGCCACCUCCAAGACCUGAUGAAUUCCUUCGCUAGCGGUAACUCCUCCAUUCUCAGUGCAUUCAGUGGAUACAAUGCGGGUAGGACCGACUUACAACACAUGGAUGAGGAACCCAAGCUACAGCCAAAUCUCACAGUGAGCGUUGGAGGGUCUGACAGGUUAACCAGGGAUUUUCUUGGGGUUGGACAGAUUGUGAGGAGCAUGAGCGGAGUUUCACAGAGAGACCAAAAACAACAGCAGCAGCAGCACUACCACCACCACCACCACCACCACGGCAUUGAUAUGAGCUCCUUGGACUCGGACAGAAAUACUGCGCCGUCAAGCCAAUCUUUUGGGGAUGGAAAUCUUCAGUAGUUGCUGCUGCUGCUGCUGAAGGAACGUACAGAGGUACGUAAAAAUUAGUGACGCAUUAAAUUUGAUCAUAAGAAUAAAAGUAUGUUGAAUUUCUUGGCAAACGUGAUUACUGUUAUAGUGUUCAUGGGGUUUUGGAUUCUUUUCUUUUCUAUUUUUCUGACACAUUGUCUUGCAAUGCGGGCAGUCCUGACUUGGAGUACUUUGUUUCUUUUCUUGUCUUGUUGUACUUAUUUUUCUUUUAUGUUUUUAUUUA